AUGCGGGCGGGCGGCGGGGCGGCCGCGGCGGCCGCAGGGCUGCUGGGGGCGGCGGCGGCCGCGGCGGCGAAGCUGGCGCUGGGGCCGGGCGGGGAGGCGGCCGGCGGCUGGCUCCCUGUGCUGCUUCGCGUCGGCUGUGUUGGCUUGGUGUUGGCGUGCAAUGCGGUGAUGUGGACGGUCUUUGCAAAAGCCCUGCGACUCUCCUCCUCCUCGGCCGCUGCCUCUGUGACGAUGACAGCCUCCAACUUCAUCUCUUCGGCCAUCCUGGGCAAGCUUCUCUUCGGGGAGACGUGGACACCGCUGUGGUGGGUCGGCCUCGCCGUGAUGCUCUGCGGCCUCGUGCUGCUGCACACAGCUGCGCCCCGGCUGGCGCGGCUCCCAGCGGAGAAGAAGGAAGCGUGAUGGCUGCCGGCGGGGGCACGGAACCUUGCCAUCCCUCGCGCCUCGCCGGGCUGCCUCCGGCCAUGGACCUGCUAACUCGUGCUCGCCUGCUGAUCUGCCAACUUGCAAAGUCACGCCAGUCGCAUCUUUCCUGGCAGACCAGCGGUGGUGUGGUGGCAGUGACAGCCUCGGAGGGAGCUGGUCCGCUCUGAGUCAGUAUUGUGGAAAUCAGGGCCAGAGGCUUAUCAGCCACUCCUCCUCUUCACACCCUUCGGCUGCGGAGCUUUCUCAGUUCAGGGAAGGCUGAAAGUAAACAUGGUGGCUGUGGAAGGUGCCUGUGCAACAGUACUUUUCCAUAAGAGGACCCGUCCCGAAAUAGAACAGCAAUCAGGAGUAGAUGCUGAAGGCAACUGAUACUUGUGCUCUGUUGUUCCUG